CACUUUCAAUUUCCUUUAACUCUUCUUUGAUUUCUUCAAACCCUAUUGAUUUUAGUCCUAACUUCAAAGUAAAUUUAGCCAAAUAAUUUAGAGUUCUAUUUAUAUAAACAUAUCAUUUUAUGUUCCUUAAUCAUCUUUUUUCUACAUAUUGAUUGAUGUAAAUAUAUAUUAUUGUACCUAAUUAAGAAAUUGCAACUAAUUAAAUUGCUUUGAUUGACCCUUUGCCCUAGUUUUUUUUUUUUUCUGCUUCCGGUUAGCGCCUUUUUUAGCUUACUGGGUAAGAAGAAUGAAGGAGGGCAGUAGGAAACAUGGUAUGUUGGCCCCAUGUGCAGCGUGCAAGCUACUGAGGAGGAGAUGUGCUCCGGACUGUGUUUUUGCUCCUUAUUUUCCUGCAAAUGAGCCUCAGAAAUUUGCUAGCGUCCACAAGGUGUUUGGCGCUAGUAAUGUUAACAAGAUGUUGCAGGAACUACCAGAGCACCAACGUAGUGAUGCAGUGAGUUCCAUGGUGUAUGAAGCAAAUGCCAGGGUACGCGAUCCGGUGUACGGAUGUGUUGGAGCCAUAUCGUUAUUGCAACAACAGAUUGACUCCCUCCAAACCCAGUUGGCAAUGGCACAAGCUGAGGCCCUGCACAUUAAGAGUAAUCACCAAUUCAAUACUGCAGCCUCCUCCCAACGGCCGGCCUCCUCCAGCUCUCCUGAUCAUCGGGGCAAUGAGGCGGAUUCUUUGUGGUUUUACUAGCUAGCUCCAUUUGCAUCUGUUAUGUACUAUGAACAAAAAAAAAAUGCUCCACGUGCAUAUUUUUAACCAUGUAGUGUGGGAUAUAUAUACUUAUAUAUAUACCUACAUAGCUAGCUUGUUCCAUAUAUGUAUGUUCUAAACAAAAGUAACCCUAUAAU